AUGUGCUGGGGAAAUCACGUUAGAAUUCUCUUCACUGUGACUUUGGUGUGGCAGGCUGUUCAUUUAGGAGAAGGCCGUGAAAAAGAACGUGAAGAAGAUGUGAAAAGUCUCAAUGCCACAGCACAAAAGCAGCAGCCCAAGAUCGAAGGGAGUAUUAUAAAUGCUGUCAGUGACAUGAAUCAGAGUUACGAAAGCAGAAAGCAACAGAAUUCCAGGGCAUUGGUACCUUUCACUGGGAUUACAGAGAGUAAAAAACUGAACAGACACUGCUGCCAAAAUGGAGGGACCUGUAUCCUAGGGGCUUUCUGUGCCUGCCUAAAGCAUUUCACUGGCAGAUACUGUGAAUAUGAUGAGCGCAACUGCGGCAGCAUUGCCCACGGCGCCUGGGUGCUGAAGGGCUGUUGGCUAUGUCGGUGCGGCUAUGGUACUCUGAACUGCCUCUCAGAAAUAAUGCACGACAACUGUGAACUGAAAUCAGAAGAGGAGGAAAUUACUAGACUGUAUUCUAAUGGACUAAGAUUACAGCAAACAGUGUUUGCCCUUGCUUGCCUGAUCACCAUCCUCCUGGCAUUCUGCUGCUGGCAGUUCUGA